UUCCAACACUGCUCGAGUGAUUUGCCAGGGCUUUAGCUUUGAUGGACACGGGCACAGGGAGGCUGCCAGUCGUGUCGAGGGAAUGAUGCGCGUGUGACGGCUUCCAGCACAAAACGGAACUUUUGGGGUGCCAUCAGAGGAAUAAAAACGAUCACAUCAGCUGACAUGAGGCUGGUGAGGAACGGUGGCUUUCGGGUCCGCAGGGCCGCCGAGAUGCCCGAGAAGGAAUCUGAGGAGGCCGGGGAGGAAGUUCACCACGAGCACCACGGCGCGGAACACCACGACCACACCGAGCAUCACCCCGGCCACGACUACAACCACAUGAAGGACAAGUUCAUGAAUGAACUCGAGCGGCUACCCAUUCCCAUGUGGGCGGUAGGAGCCAUCGUGCUGGUGGUACUAGUGUUGGUGGUGUGCUUCAUCUUUUGCGUUUUCAAAAAAUGCUUUGGAAAGAAGAAAAAGCCCAAGAAAGUGAGAGAGAGGAAGACAGGGCGCCGCAGGAAGGCAAAGGAAGGCGAAGGCGAGACUGGAGAGAAGGAGGGCGAGGUGAAGAAGGAAGGUGAAGAAGAGGAGAAAGAGCAGGAAAAGUUGGGCAAAUUGGAGUUCUCGCUGGACUACAACUUCACAGAUUCCCAGCUCAUCGUGGGAAUCCUUCAGGCUCAGGAUCUGGCUGCGAUGGACAUGGGGGGCACCUCAGACCCUUACGUCAAAGUCUUCCUGUUGCCGGACAAAAAAAAGAAGUAUGAAACCAAGGUUCAGCGCAAGAAUUUGUGUCCGGUUUUUAACGAGACUUUCUUCUUCAAGAUCCCCUACGCAGAGUUGGGCGGAAAGACAUUGGUGCUUCAGGUCUUUGAUUUCGAUCGUUUCUCCAAGCAUGACAUGAUCGGCGACAUCAAGAUCCCGAUGAACAGCGUCGAUUUGGGCCAACCCAUGCAACAGUGGAGGGACUUGGAGAGUGUGGAAAAGGAAGAGGAGAAAUUGGGUGACGUCUGCAUCUCUUUGAGAUACGUCCCUACUGCUGGGAAACUGACAGUGAAUAUCAUGGAGGCAAAGAAUCUGAAGAAAAUGGAUGUCGGGGGCUUAUCGGAUCCAUUCGUGAAGAUUGUCCUGCAGCAAAAUGGAAAACGGAUCAAGAAGAAGAAGACAACAGUCAAGAAAAACACACUCAAUCCUUACUUUAAUGAGAGUUUCAGUUUCGAAGUCCCCUUUGAACAGAUACAGAAAGUGCAGGUGGUCAUCACGGUGUACGACUAUGAUAAACUGGGCAGCAACGAUCCCAUCGGAAAGACCUUCAUGGGUUAUGGAGCCACGGGUGUGGGCCUGCGCCACUGGUCAGACAUGUUGGCCAAUCCUAGACGUCCGGUAGCUCAGUGGCACACGCUGUUGCCAGAAGAGGAAGUCGACUCGGCGCUCAAAGCCAAACCUCGCUGAAGGGUACUCGCUGUUUUUUUUUUUUUUGGGGUGUGUGUCUUCCCUUGUUUUUUGCAUGUUUUGAUUGCAAAAUUUAAUCAAGAUUAAAUGCUGUGUUGGUAUUUCUUUUUACCAGGCAAGGCAAUUUUUGUGUAAGAGUAUUUUUUUUAGUAUUAUUUUCCUUUGUGAAAUACAGUCACUAAGACCUUUAUGUAGACCUGUAUGCCAUAAAAACAAAUGUAAAUGUGCUGUAUGUAUGCUAUUGCUCAUAUUAACGUGCGUGUCUUUGUAUAUGCGUGGAAAAUUCUAUCCUCUAUCCUAUUUGAAAUAAACAGAUACUUUAUAGUUUAA